UGAUAGGCCUAUAACGUGAGCAGUCCUGAAUACCCCUUCCAACCCUCUUCAAGCAAGAUCAAUAUUUCUAGCUGAAGGGAGACAGAGCAUCACUGUGCUAAGAGAGGGGAUGUGAAUAAACUCUCUCUAUAGGCAAAGCCUGUUGCUGGUAUCACAUUUAAAAAUUUAUCUUUUCUCUGUGUACUUCUUUAUAAUUAGUGAUUAUUUCUGUAAUGUUAAACUAAAGAAUUUGAUAAAAUAUAGUGAUGUGCUGUGGUCAGCAGUCAAGGGAUGGACAAGCUAACUAAUUUUACUCGUGGUAUCAAUACUACAACAUCUCCAAUAUCAGCGCAGAAUUGUGCUUCAAAUUCAUCAGGCUCUGCAUUUCUUGACAGAGUAUUAAUUACUGCUCCAUCGUGGAUUUCUGUAAAUCAAGAUUUGAGAUGGAUUUUUCUUCUGCAUACUUAUGGAUUUGCAAGCCUUUUCUUUGUACUUGGAUUUUAUACGUUUUUUUCUAUUUUAAAUUUAAGAUCCCUUAUAUCAAGCCGCCCUUUUAUGUCAACGAUUAAUAUAUUUUUAUGUUUAUUGGGUGCAUCAAGGGCUGCAUGUUUAUUUAUAGAUCCUUAUAAUCUUAAAGAAAUAAUGCCAAAGAUUAUAGGGUCCACUAUGUGGGAUAUUGGAUUUCCCUGUAUUACUUCUGCAUUUUGCCUUAUACAAUUGACCUUCUUGCAAUUAACACAACUUAAGUUUGGGCCAGAAAAAAUACAAAAUGAAUCAUUUCUUAGUCUUAUUAUAACAGGACAUUUCUUUUUUGUAAUUGUAAGUGAUGUUGCUUUAACAUCACAUAAUUGUUACAUGGCAAAAUAUGUUGUUCAAACUGUAUUUCUGAUAUGGAGUAUUCUUUUAUAUUUAACAUUUUUGCAUGCAGGCUAUAAAGUCAUGCAUUUAUUGAGAACAAUGCCAAGUAGUAUGUUAACAAGAGACAAUUCUAAUGCUCAUCAAAAAGGCAUUAUGCAACUUGCUAUGCUAGCACCAUAUAGUAAUCUUGCAACAUCAGUAGCAGCUGCUGCAUUGGUGCCUACUUUACUUGGUCCUAAAAUCAAAGAUUCAGAACAGAAUGAAAGUGCCAAUGUAGAAGGAAAUUCAGAAUAUAAAGGUAACUCUUUAAAAAUAUCUAAAAAACAAGAACAAGAUCAAAUGGAAGUGUCUCAUAAUGUUUCAUCUUUACGAGAAGAGACUCCUGUUCAACCAGUAUCUACUGUACCUGAAGUUUAUGUUAGACCACCAACACCUACUCCAUCAACUGCAAAUUUACCAAUAAUAACAGUUUCUAGUCCAAGUCGAAGAAGUUCUUUAGCAAGUAGACGUGGGAGUGACGUAUCUCGUUCAUCACGUAGAAAUUCAGAAUGUAGUGUUAAAUUUAUAAACGAAGAAGAUGUUUUGCCAAUUACUGACUUCAAAUAUGGUGCUGAAUUCAGCUCUAAGUAUUCUCCUAGCAUUGAUAGAAGUCAAUUACCAGAACGAAUAGCACGUCGACAUUCUGAGAAUAUUACACCAACUGGCAGCACAAAAGAAUUAAGAAGAUGUUCUGAUUUUUCUCAUGAAAAAAAUCGUAGUUCUCAGUUCGCCACUAAAUUAAGAAGGAACAGCGAUUUUGGUAACAGAACACCAAGGAGAAUGUUACCACCGGUUGAACAGAGAUUGCCAAAAGUCUUAGAUCUCAGUCCUGCAGGUUCACGACGUAAUUCUGAUAUUGGCACUUUUAUAUCUGUCAAACACGAAUCACGAAGAAAUUCUGACUUCUCCUAUAGACGAAAUUCCGAAGUGGCGCACUUUAAGCCAUUAGUUAUAAAUCGUCGUAGUAGCGAUAUAAGUAUUAGAACAUUGGAUAAAAGUCCUACUCAUUAUCAAAGUAUAGUUCCUCAAAAAAUAGAAAUACAGGAGAAGUCUGAAUCGGAUUCAGAUCAACCGGAUUGUAAUGAAAAAGCUGCAUUAAUGAAUGAAAAAAUGAAGAAUAAAGGUGAAGAUACCAAAAUACGAAAGAAAAGCUUGUCUUGGAAAACGGAUAAAAGUAAAGAUGAAUCAGAAGAAAUAACAGCUGAAACUAAUUUGCUUCCUGAAAAUUCUGGAACAGAGAAUAAAAUUACGGGAACUGAUUUUACAUUGCAUUCAAUACUAAAUCACAUAGCAUACGUGAAUAGAGCCAAAUCAGAUGCACCGCUGCAUUUACCAGAAGCCAAUACUGCAGCUGCCAGAAAAUCUCAAAUUCGAAGGGUGUUACAUGUUACAUAUACCACAGCAAUUUUAGGAAUCAUAUUGUGUAUCUUAGAUCUUGUUCGUGUUUUUGGACCCUAUGGACUCUUAGCAGAAGCAGUAGCGUAUGAUACACGGCCAUUGCUAACUCAAUUCCCCAAGCCAUGGCCUUGGUUAUUAUAUCAAACAUUGUGCAGAGCCAUAGAACUCAUAAUGGGUUGUGCAAUGGCAAGUAUAACAAAACAACCAUCAGUGAGCCCACGUCAUCAAUAUUUAAGUAGUUACCCCGAUUAUAGCACACGUAUGAAACGAGGUAACAAUCUUUAUAUAUAAAGCAAUACUCGUGUCAGUCGUAUAACAGACUGAAGAACCAAGAUGCCAAAUUGAAUAUUUCCAUGAUCUUAUAUACCAUCUAUCUAUCUUCAUUAAAACAUUUACAGAUUA